GUCAUGUCCACCCAGGAUGAUGAAGCAGGAAAGGAUGGGGCCUUUGGAGCAGAGCAUCUGGCAGCUGAAUCCAUGGCAGCAGACAUGGAUCCCUGGGUGGUCUUUGAUGCCCGGAAGACCCCACGGGCUGAAUUUGAGGAAUGGCUGCAAACCUACCAGCCAUCCCGGGUCUCUCGCUUUGGCGAUCCAGAGCGCAACGCAGACCCUGUGGGUUGGAUUGCAGUCUAUGGGCCUAGUUUCUGUCCUGAAAGUGGGGAUGUGGUAGGGUUGCAGGAGGACUGGGAGCGGCUGCAGGCGAGCGGGCGCCACAUCACCUUUGAUACCAUCAAAGAGCUGGCCCUCAACCGGCGCGUGCUGACAGGGAAGUGGUUGAUGCAUCUGGACAGCGGCUUCAAGGUCGAUCAUGCCUGGUGCGGCAUUGCCCAUGCUGUGCUGGACGGACGCAUCGGCGUGGCAAAGGCCAGCCCCUGCUGCCCUGAGUCGGAGCGCAAGCAGGUCAUCUGCAUCUACACGGAUGACUUCACCAACGAGGAGCAGGUGCUGAGCGCGGAUGCCAUCAUCCGUUCCACGGGCAUCAAGUGCUUAUUGUCCUACAAGCCUGAUGUUUAUACUUACCUGGGCAUCUAUCGUGACAACCGCUGGCACCUCUGCCCCACCAUCUAUGAGAGCAAGUUCGACCUCGAAUGUAUCCCCCGCCGCUCCCGCAUCAUCAAUAAAGUGAACAACAUGGAAGUAACUUAACUCGUCCCCUUGAUGUGCUCACUUCCCAUGGGAUGGUGCUAUUACCAGGAACUACAAGUCCCAGCAUGCAGUGCUCACUU